GUCACACACCAAUUACUGUGAUAAUCUUCACCCAUGCAGAAUGUUUUGGAGACUUCUGCAAGCAAUUGCCGAAACUGGAGCUGCACGCCCACCUCAAUGGAUCGCUGAGCACGCAGACUUUACGUGCACUGCACGCCAUGCAGUGCGAGUCGAGGGGUGACGACGACACGCCUUGGGACGAGUGCGAGGCCGUCAGUCACGGGGACAGCAGGACGCUCGAAGAGUGUUUCUCUUUGUUCGGAGUGGCCCACAGCCUGACGCGAACCCCUGAAGCGGUCCGUCGCGCCACCGAGGACGUCAUACGGGAGUUCGCAGAGGACGGAGUCGUGUACCUGGAACUGAGGAGCACACCUCGCGAGGUCCCGAACGUCAUGACGAAGCUGCAGUAUGUCAAGGAAGUCGUUAAGGCCAUCGAGAAGUGCAGCGCGGAGAAGGGCAUCGUGGUGAAGCUGCUGGUGUCGAUGGAUCGUCGCCAGGGCCGGGCGGUCGCCGAGGAGACGCGGGCGCUGCUGUCUCGGGCCCGCCGGGAGCACCCGGGCGUCGUGGCGGGCGUGGACCUGAGCGGGGACCCGGCCGAGGGCAGCGUGGCGGACUACCUGCCGGUCCUGCGGGCGUGCAGGGAGGAGGGCCUCAGGACGUCGCUCCACUGCGCGGAGAUUCCUCAGCCGGAUGAAGUGAGAGCAAUUCUGGAUUUCAAACCUGACCGCAUCGGCCAUGCGACGUGCAUUCAUCCAAACACCGGAGGCUCCGAGGAAUUGUGGGAAAACCUGGUCACAUCCGGUGUUCCAGUCGAAAUUUGUCUUACAUCGAAUGUAAAGUGCAAAACUGUCGAUAGUUACGAGAAUCACCAUUUCAAAUUCCUUUCAGAACGUCGUCAUCCACUUUCGUUGUGUACAGAUGACAAAGGUGUGUUUGCAACAAGUCUCUCUACAGAAUUCAUGAUAGCAGCGAAGACUUUUCAUUUAAGCAAAGAGCACCUGUGGAAAAUUUGCUUUGAUAGCAUUUCAUUUGCAUUUGCUUCUGAAGCAGAGAAAGCAUCUUUGAGGGAGCACUUGAUGAAAUGGAAGAUUGAAGUUCUAGGUGAACAUAAUACUGCUAUGAACUACACAAUGCCAACAAUUUGACAUGUAAUUUACAAUGGCUAAAACAGCUAAAUAAAAGUUGGUGGAUAAGUGAAUUUUUUACUUGCUGGGGGGAUUUUUGGUGGGAAAAAAAAAUUCCCACUGGAAACAGGAUAUUAUGAAUCAAGAAUAAUUUGAAGUAAUGAAUUUUAAAAAUUUCAAUAUGAUUUACACAGAAAAAAUGGUGUCUUUUUUAAUAUGUAGGUCCAAAUAUGGUUACUAUAAAUUGUUAGCAGCAGCUAAUUUUAACAAACAAGGCACAAACUGCCAAGAAAUAAAGGUAUUAAUUAUUUUUUAAAUAUAUGACUGCAAAGUUAAAACCAAAAUUUAAUUUGCCAAAAUGGUCAUUCAAUUAGCUCAUAUUUGCAGUAUUUAACCAUUUAUUUACUCGUUUACGUAUUUUUAAUUUUGAACGUGAUUCAUUGUUUAUGGUAUUGAAUUUAAACUUCUGAAAAGGUGUAGUUUCAAAUGCUUAAAAAUAUUGACUUUACUUUAAGAAAAUAUCCAUAUUCUGGCAUCACUUCACAAUUUUAAGUUUCACCCCAAAGAUGUAACUAAACUGUGAUGUAAUUCCAGCCCAGAAACAAUUGCACUUUUCUUGUUUAUAGAUUCAUGUGAGGCAUUAAGCAGGCAUUAAGCUGUCCAUACUACAUAAAGUACUACAGUUAAUAAAAUAAAAGUACUUUGGCUAGCUUAGUUCUUUGCAAUACAAUCAUUUAACCAGUAAUAUUUUCCCCCAAAAAAUUAAAAAAAUAUAUUUACCUGUCAAACAUGUGUUAAAGAGUUGUGUACUAUUUUUUUAUAAUGCUUUUCUUUUAGUAUAUUUAAAAACAACUUUUUGUACUCUUUUCAUAAAACUUGUACUUUCAUUACAUAUCUUGAAAUAAAGGAAAAUAUCACAAUCUU